UCAAUUCCAACCCCCCCUGGCUCCGACUACUGCUACUCCAGGCGGACCAGGCCGCCGCACCAACUCCGCCCCCGCCCCACGCCCCACGCCCCGCCGCUGACCGAUGGGCCACGCCCACUCGACCUCCCGCCACAAUGGCCGCGCCGGCGCCGGCGCCGGCAACGGCGUGGAGCCGCCGCUGCCGUCCCGCUUCUCGCGGUUCCGCAGCCGCCUGCGCCUGCGCCGCGACCGCUGCGGCGCCGCGGGGGACGCCAGCGAGUCGGGGAAGGGCGUCGCCGCCGACGAGUUCGCCGGCAUCGCCCGCAUCCGGAUAGUCAAGGCGGGCCUGCGGUUCAAGGACAAGUUCUUCGCCUGCCUCUCGCUCGGGGAGCGCACCUACCGCACCGAGACCACCGACAGCACUCACAGGCCUGUAUGGAAUUCAGAAAAGAAAGUUGUAAUAGAAACAAAUGGACCUCAUAUUGCACGAAUAUCUGUUUUUGAGACUAACCGGUUCUCUAAGAAUACCUUGGUUGGUUACUGUGAAGUUGAUCUCUUUGACUUGCUCACUAAGGACUUGGAGGAGGAACACGUUGAGGACCUUGCUUUGUUGGACCCAUCAUCGUCCACUACCACCAUGGGAACCAUAUCUGUAUCCUGCUACAUUGAAGAUCCUGUUGAAACAGAACAAAGCUUUGCACGCCGGGUCUUAGCUAUAGUGGACUACAAUGAAGACGGAAAGCUCUCCUUAUCUGAAUUCUCGGACUUGAUGAAAGCUUUUGGUAAUGGGCUAGCAGUUAAUAAGAUUGAAGAGCUUUUCCGCCAAGCAGAUACAAAUGGUGAUGGCAUAGUUGACAUGGAUGAACUAGCAGCCCUACUAGCUGAUCAGCAAGAAAAAGAACCAAUUAUCAGUAACUGUCCUGUCUGUGGUGAAAGUCUGGGGAAGUAUGAUAAAAUAAAUGAUAUGAUACACAUGACACUUUGCUUUGAUGAGGGCACUGGCAAUCAGAUUAUGACUGGGGGAUUUCUAACGGAUAAGCAAGCUGCAUAUGGGUGGAUGUUUAAGCUUAGUGAAUGGGCUAAUUUUUCCUCAUAUGAUGUUGGUUUGCGCUCUGGUUCUACUGCCUCGCAUAUUCUGGUUUUCGAUCGGCGAACAAAGAGGCUAGUUGAAGAAGCAAUAGAUGGAAAGAUAGUGUUGUCCAUGAGGGCUUUAUAUCAGUCAAAAGUAGGGCUCACUCUCAUUGAUUCAGGUGUCAAAGAUAUCUUGAAGAACCUAUCUGAGAAGCAAGGAAAGAAGAUGAAUUCGCCAGAAUCUGCCAAAGAUAUUCCAAAGUUUCUCGAGUUAUUUGCGGGUCAAAUUAAUAUGGAUGAGACUAAGGACCCUAUUGAAAGUUUUAAGACAUUUAAUGAAUUUUUCAUCAGACAAUUGAAACCCAGUGCCAGGCCCAUUGCACACAUUGAUGAUGGUAGUAUUGCUACCUGUGCUGCUGAUUGCCGUUUGAUGGCCUAUAGUUCUGUCGAUGAGAGCACAAGAUUUUGGAUUAAGGGUCGCAAGUUUUCAAUUGAGGGUCUCCUAGGGGCGGAUGCACACCAUAAUGCUUUUAAAAAUGGAUCAUUGGUAAUUUUUCGGCUUGCACCUCAGGAUUACCAUAGGUUUCAUGUACCUGUGUCAGGAACUGUAGAGAAAUUUGAGGAUAUUCCUGGAUGCUUGUACACGGUUAAUCCCAUCGCCGUAAACAGCAAAUAUUGUAAUGUGUUCACCGAAAAUAAAAGAGUUAUCUCAAUAAUCUCAACUUCGGAGUUUGGGAAGGUGGCAUUUGUUGCCAUCGGAGCAACUAUGGUAGGAAGCAUCACAUUCGUGAAAAAGGAGGGCGACUACGUCCACAAGGGAGAUGAGUUUGGAUAUUUCUCUUUUGGAGGGAGUACGGUAAUCUGCGUGUUUGAGAAGGAUGCGAUACAAUUCAAUGCUGAUCUUCUAGCCAACAGCGAAAGAUCACUGGAAACUCUUGUUGAGGUUGGCACAACAUUGGGCGUCUCCAAACGGAACAGAGGGCUAAAAGUUUCGGAGCUACAGAAGUGUUCAAUUGAAUGAUAGAAGUUAGUGAGUGCAGUGCAGCAUGGUACAGAACUGUAAAGUUAUAGGACAUAGCUUGCCUGGACAGGGAUCAGUAGAGUAUAUUCUCAUAGUGUCCUUUUUUUUUCAUGUCAGACCUAUUUCAUGAGUUCUUUCGGUAGUUAGCUUUAUACUUGGAUCUGCUUUGUGCAUCAUAUGUAAGAAGAUCCAUUUUGUUACCAUUGUAAAAAAAUCACAUUUGAUCUAUUUUCUAGUCAAAUCUGAGCUGCA